AUGUUAGCUGCUUUGAAUGUGAACAAGGACGACCCGUUGCUGCAGGUGUAUAGUUCCACCCAAGAAAAACUUGAUGCUGUUACUGCUGAGUUACAGAAAGAAAAGAAUAGGUCCAAAGCACUAGAAUCUGAAGUCGAAGAUUUGCAAGGCGAGUUUGAGCUGGAUCGUCUCGACUAUUUGGAGACUAUUCGUAAGCAGGAUCAACAACUGAAACUUCUAGGCCAAAUACUCGAUAAAAUACAGCCGAUUAUUAGAAAAGAUUCAAAUUACUACAACAUUGAGAAGGUGAAAAAAGAUUCAAUUUGGAAUGAAGAUGAAGGUAGAUGGGUUUUGCCAGAGAUGAGCGUUUCGCGAACCGUCCUACCAAAUGCCCACAAUGGCAAGUUCCUUCCUCUAGUGACUCCACGGUAUUAUCAACUUUAUUUCAGGGAUUGGUUUAAGCAAUAAGA